AGGAAGUUCCUGUAAUGAUGGGAGAUUCUUUAACUAAAGCCGAAUUAAAUAUUGGAAAAUUGAGUCCCAAACAAAAAAACAAAUUUGAUGAACUCAUUAACAAAAAUAAGGAUUUGUUUGCAAAUGAUAUUA